AUGGAACAUCACCUCGCGUCAAAAAGGAAUGCUGCACAGGUCAAUUAUUGCGCUCUUGUUCCCGCUGCCAACCAGGCUGCAGUGGCCUCUGCAAGUCCAGAGGCUUCCGCUCAGCCCAUCAACAACCGCGUGCAGGCGCAGCUCAAGAUCAUCCACCUUGCGCUUCUUGACCAUCCACGCCUCCUCCUCUGCACCUGGAUUGGCUGCAAGCAUGGUGUCGUCCUGGUGCCGACGCUCGAGGACGUGGUGUCGCACCUCUCCAAGCACCGCGUCCCUCUUGCGGCUUCUGGCCGGGACUUCUUUCAAGAAAUGCUCAAGUAUGAUGGCUUCUACUGCUGUCUUUGCGGCUACACUAUCAAGUCGAGGUCGACAGGCUUCAAACACAUCAAGGAUCACCGCAACCAGGGCAAGAAGCCCGACUACAGUUUCCUGGUCACUGUUCAGCUCAUCCAUAAGGCGAGCAGCCGCUACCUCCUCGUGCGCAAUGCGGAGCUUGAUCCGACCCCUCAAGUGCCUUUGUCGUUGACGAGGACUAUGUAG